AUGGAAUCCCAGCUCUGUCCCCAACCCAUACCCAGCUCUGUCCCCAACCCAUACCCCAGCUCUGACCCCAACCCAUACCCCAGCUCUGACCCCAACCCAUACCCCAGCUCUGUCCCCAACCCAUACCCCAGCUCUGACCCCAACCCAUUCCCCAGCUCUGACCCCAACCUAUACCCCAGCUCUGUCCCUAACCCAUACCCCAGCUCUGUCCCCAACCCAUACCCCAGCUCUGUCCCCAACCCAUACCCCAGCUCUGUCCCCAACCCAUUCCCCAGCUCUGUCCCCAACCCAUACCCCAGCUCUGUCACCAACCCAUUUCCCAGCUCUGUCCCCAACCCAUUCCCCAGCUCUGUCCCCAACCCAUACCCCAGCUCUGUCCCCAACCCAUACCCCAGCUCUGUCCCCAACCCAUACCCCAGCUCUGACCCCAACCCAUACCCCAGCUCUGUCCCCAACCCAUACCCCAGCUCUGUCCCCAACCCAUACCCCAGCUCUGUCACCAACCCAUUUCCCAGCUCUGUCACCAACACAUACCCCAGCUCUGUCCCCAACCCAUACCCCAGCUCUGUCCCCAACCCAUUCCCCAGCUCUGUCCCCAACCCAUACCCCAGCUCUGUCCCCAACUCAUACCCCAGCUCUGUCACCAACCCAUUUCCCAGCUCUGUCACCAACCCAUACCCCAGCUCUGUCCCCAACCCAUACCCCAGCUCUGUCCCCAACCCAUUCCCCAGCUCUGUCCCCAACCCAUACCCCAGCUCUGUCCCCAACCCAUACCCCAGCUCUGUCCCCAACCCAUACCCCAGCUCUGUCCCCAACCCAUACCCCAGCUCUGACCCCAACCCAUACCCCAGCUCUGUCCCCAACCCAUACCCCAGCUCUGACCCUAACCCAUACCCCAGCUCUGUCCCCAACCCAUACCCCAGCUCUGACCCCAACCCAUACCCCAGCUCUGUCCCCAACCCAUACCCCAGCUCUGUCCCCAACCCAUACCCCAGCUCUGUCCCCAACCCAUUCCCCAGCUCUGACCCCAACCCAUACCCCAGCUCUGUCCCCAACCCAUACCCCAGCUCUGUCACUAACCCAUACCCCAGCUCCGUCCCCAACCCAUACCCCAGCUCCGUCCCCAACCCAUACCCCAGCUCCGACCCCAACCCAUACCCCAGCUCUGACCCCAACCCAUACCCCAGCUCUGACCCCAACCCAUACCCCAGCUCUGUCCCCAACCCAUACCCCAGCUCUGUCCACAACCCAUACCGCAGCUCUGUCCCCAACCCAUACCCCAGCUCUGUCCCCAACCCAUACCCCAGCUCUGUCCCUAAACCAUACCCCAGCUCUGUCCCCAACCCAUACCCCAGCUCUGUCCCUAACCCAUACCCCAGCUCUGUCCCCAACUUAUACCCCAGCUCUGACCCCAGCCCAUUCCCCAGCUCUGUCCCCAACCCAUACCCCAGCUCUGUCCCCAACCCUUACCCCAGCUCUGUCCCUAACCCAUACCCCAGCUCUGUCCCUAACCCAUACCCCAGCUCUGUCCCCAACCCAUACCCCAGCUCUGUCACCAACCCAUACCCCAGCUCUGUCCCCAACCUAUACCCCAGCUCUGUCCCUAACCCAUACCCCAGCUCUGACCCCAACCCAUACCCCAGCUCUGUCCCCAACCUAUACCCCAGCUCUGUCCCUAACCCAUACCCCAGCUCUGUCACCAACCCAUACCCCAGCUCUGUCCCCAACCUAUACCCCAGCUCUGUCCCUAACCCAUACCCCAGCUCUGUCCCUAACCCAUACCCCAGCUCUGUCACCAACCCAUACCCCAGCUCUGUCCCCAACCUAUACCCCAGCUCUGUCCCCAACCCAUACCCCAGCUCUGUCCCUAACCCAUACCCCAGCUCUGUCCCCAACUUAUACCCCAGCUCUGACCCCAGCCCAUUCCCCAGCUCUGUCCCCAACCCAUACCCCAGCUCUGUCCCCAACCCUUACCCCAGCUCUGUCCCUAACCCAUACCCCAGCUCUGUCCCUAACCCAUACCCCAGCUCUGUCCCCAACCCAUACCCCAGCUCUGUCACCAACCCAUACCCCAGCUCUGUCCCCAACCUAUACCCCAGCUCUGUCCCUAACCCAUACCCCAGCUCUGACCCCAACCCAUACCCCAGCUCUGUCCCCAACCUAUACCCCAGCUCUGUCCCUAACCCAUACCCCAGCUCUGUCACCAACCCAUACCCCAGCUCUGUCCCCAACCUAUACCCCAGCUCUGUCCCUAACCCAUACCCCAGCUCUGUCACCAACCCAUACCCCAGCUCCUCCAAUUUAGAUACCCUACUGCACACCCCACUGGACACCCUACUGGACACAGAAAUAGAAUGA